AUGUCGUGCGGCGGCGUGUCGAUGUCAUGGCCCGACGUGCUCACCAUCUGUGGCCUGUUCGCCGUGCAGUGCAUCUUCGGCCUCUACAUGAUGUUCCUCAACGGCCUGCUCGCCGCCGGCGUGCCGUCGCUCUUCAUCAUCGUCGUCGCCUGCGCCGCCUCCUCCGUCGUCGUCCUCCCCUUCGCCGUCGUGAUCGAGAGGAAGAAAUGGCCCAAAGUGUGGAGCCCCAUGCUGGUUCUUCAGCUCGUUAUCAUUUCGCUAGGAGGAGUGUCCAUAUAUCAAGUCUUCAUGAUGCUCGGUGUCGAGCGGACCUCACCGGCGAUCGCCUCUGCUAUGCCUAAUCUUGGCCCUGCCUUCAUCUUCGUCAUUGCAGCCUGCCUGAGAUUUGAGAGGUUUAAUUGGAAGUGCCAGUACACGAGAGCAAAGAUCUUGGGCACAUUGGUGUGCCUCAGUGGGGCAAUGUGCGUGAGCUUCUUGAAGAACCCCACUCCCAGCGUGUCUCCGAAGUCCGUUCCCGACGAAUUAGAACUCUCCAACGGCAAAAGCAGGAAAGAUUGGAUCCUUGGAUGUUUCUACCUUCUGACAGGAGUCACAAUCUUCGCCUGCAACACUGUCAUGCAGGCUGCGGCCCUGAAGAGAUUCCCUGCGCCGUUGUCCAUCUGCUCGAUCACCGCCAUGAUGGGGUCCAUCUUCAGCGCUAUCAUCCAGGUCUUGAUGGAGGGGAAGCUCACUGCAGGGACCUCAGACAACAUCACCAGGAUCAUUGGUGAAAUUGUGCUUGUGGGAGGCGUGGUGAUCGGCCUGUGCACGACGUUCCAGGUGUCAAGCAUUGGGCGCAAGGGGCCUGUCCUCGUGUCGAUGUUCAGCCCAUUUCAGACAGUGUUCUCGUCGUUCAUCUCGCUCAUCGUCUUCGGACAAUGGAUCGGCCUAGGAUGCUGUGUCGGGAUUGUGCUCAUGUUUGUUGGACUCUACGUGGUGCUGUGGGCGAAGAACAGGGAGGACAAGAUGUUCACCGAGCUGACGGUGCCAUCUGAAACUGAAUGCGAUAUAGAGGCGCCAUUGCUGCAAUGA